AUGUGGAACUAUGUGCUGGUCUCGAUCCUCGUUUUGUUCAUAUCGUUAGUGUACCAUUGUUAUUUCAACGGCCCGGCAAGCAUCAUCAAGUAUCCUGAGACACAAUACGAUUACAUAAUCGUUGGUGCCGGAACGGCAGGAUGCGUAGUUGCAUCACGUCUCUCUGAGAUCUCAAACGUAACAGUUUUACUGGUCGAAGCUGGAGGACACUUUGGAUGGGUAUCAUCGGUUCCAAUAUUAGCGCCAGUUCUGCAAGGAACCGACGUCGAUUGGUCCUAUUCGACGGAACCACAACUAUUCUCAUCGAAAGGAUAUUGGAACCACGUGCAAAAAGUACCGAGGGGCAAAGGGUUGGGCGGUAGCGGGCAAAUAAAUCAUCUGGUUCACUCUUUCGGAAAGCCGGAAGAUUACAAAGCCUGGCCCAGGGGAUGGUCGCACGCCGAUCUACUUCCGUACUUUAAAAAGGUGUCCGAUAUUAUGAACGUAAUGUCCAGCCCAGAGGAUGAAUACCUGGCAGAAGCUUUUCUAAUGGCGGAAGAAUCGUUGAAGUUGAAUAAUGUGACUCUACAAAAGGGGAUGUACACGACUAAAAGAGGCUCCCGAUGGAGCACAUUUCACGCGCAUUUGCAAAAUGCCUGGAACAGAAGGAAUUUGCACAUUCUGACGAACACAUUGGUUUCAAGAAUAUUUUUUAAAGAAAAUUCUAACGUAGACGGAGUCAAGGUGAUUUACAAAGAUGGAUCAGUAGGAAGAAUUGUUGCUAAAAAGGAGGUGAUCCUUUGCGCUGGUACUAUCAAUACUCCUCAGUUAUUGUUGCUUUCAGGAAUCGGGCCAGCAAAAGAUCUCGAUAAAUUUCAGAUACCAGUAGUGAGCAAUCUUCCGGAAGUAGGCAAGAACCUCUUCGAUCAUUUUAUGCUUCCGGUGUACGUUCAUCUUGUGGCAAACGUGAGCAUAACUCUGUUCAAAUUACAAACGCUUCCCGAGAUACUUAACUAUUUCAUUUUUGGGAGAGGAUGGUAUGCCACCAAUGCUAUAAUGGCGGUAGGUCGUACCAACGACAGCGGCGUUAUGCUUUCUGGUAUGGGUUCCACUGACGAGAGAAUAUUAAAAGUCAUAUCUAAUUACAAAACAGAGCCUUAUAGAGCGUUGUACCCGUCGUACAACAGCAGUACUCACGAAGGAUUCCUAUUCCUGUCGUAUUGCUUGCAACCAAAAAGUCGUGGAACUGUUUCACUUAGGUCCAUCAAUAUCCGUCACCAGCCGAAAAUCGAUCCCGCGUAUCUUCAACGGUACGACGACGUCCUGUGCACCCACGAAGCCAUAAAUUUCGCCAUUCGAACACUCGAGACGCCCAAAUUUCGUGAGUACGGCGCGAGGGUUCAUUACCCCGAUCUAGAGGAAUGCAGACACCUGCGACAAGAUUAUCAGAACGUCGAAUACUCUGAAUGCGUGAUGAGAGUCGGCGGUCUUACCUGUUACCACAUGUGCGGCACCUGCAGGAUGGGUGCUGGCGAUCGUGCGGUCGUCGACGAGAAAUUACGAGUUAAAGGCGUCAAUAAGCUGAGAAUAGUAGACGCCAGUGUAUUACCAUCUCCCAUUUCUGGUAACCCAAAUUCCGUUUUAAUCGCAAUAGCGGAACGGGCGAGCGAUUUGAUCAUCGAUCGCACAUUCAAUUAAAUCAUUGUACCUGUUAAUCGAAAUAAAAAAAAUGAAUAUACUAUUUUAAAGAACAAAUUGAA